AUUUGAGUGUUUCGCAAUCAAAAGCACCAAUAACAUGACUAUAGACCUUUCGGUAUCAAUCACUUGAAAUUUACUACAUUUUCAAGUCCAUUUUUUUUAUGAGAAUACAGCUUGGAUGAGAACACGGCUUGGAUGGAGUUUUAUAACAACAAUGAUAAUUUACUACAUUUUCAAGUCCAUGCUUUUAUGAGAAUACAGCUUGGAUGAGAACACGGUUUGGAUGGAGUUUUAUAACAACAUUGAUAAUGGAGAAUGUGGCGAAAGCUUAUGAUCUAAGGUUUGUGGUGAACAUUAGUGAGCUUGGGGAGGGUGACCCACUCAUGCAAAAUGUGACCAGGCUCUCCACAUUACUGAAUGUUCCCUGGUACACCACUGGAGUUUCUGAACGUGAGGACCUUGAUUGCUUUCUCCAGCAGAUCAAAUUACCUCAUGGGAGAAUAUUAGAUAUUGUUAGUUUGAAUAUUGCUUUGCUGCAGGACACAAUGCUUGUCGGAUCAUCAAAUGGCAUGAGGGACAAUCUGUUAAAUUGGCUUACAAGGACGCUAGAAGCAACCACUAGUAGCUGGCGCAUAGUAGUUGGAUUCCACUCAUUGGUUGCACGUGAAGAGAAUGACAAGCAGUUGAUUGCAGAGCAGAUUCAUGAGCCUCUACACCAUAUAUUUGUGAAGUUGGGAGUGAAUGUUUACCUAAGCCAGCAAGGUUGCUAUAGCUAUGCCCUUCAAGAUAGCGUUGCUUAUAUAGGUAACCCAGGUUUGACUGAAGCGAACUCUCAUUUGGCUUCUGCCAAUGGGAGAUUCCUAGUUAGAAAAGAAAUGAUUAAUGGGUUUCUUCUCCGUAGACUCAGCUUGCUGGAGAUGGUGACCUACUUGGUUACCUUAGCAGGGUCGGUGGUGAACAAAGUUGUAGUCCAACAAAGGGGGAGAGAGGUCAUGUAAAUGUCUAGUGGUGAAAGCACAUCAACAAUUCUUUGAAGCCACUAUUCAGUUGCUUCCAGGAUUUUCAAUUUUGUUUGAGCUUCUCUCAGUUGUCCUUCAAUUCUUCAACAAUUGUUGUAGAUGGCAUUCAAUUUACAGUACAUCCAUCAUCUAUUGGGGUGAUCGUUCAGCUUGUUCCUCCUUGUAAAUUAUCACUUGCUAGUGUUGUAUGUCAUCAUAAAUUUCAAAUGUUCCCUCCUUGUUCUCUCCAAAAUGUAUUGGCAUUUGAAAGUCGAAAAAAAUUUUUUGUCAAUCAGUUGGAUGAUUUUGGAUAUGAUGCAGAAUUGUAAUUUCUCUGGCUAAAGCAUGAAU